UAUCUAUCAUGAUAAGAUUAAAUUAAAAAUUUGUCAUUUCGUUAGUCUGUAUUUGAAUCAAGUUAUUUAAAAAAGCAAGAAAUUAAGUGACAAAACAUAGACGAAGUUCUCAAUUUUUAUAUUUUUCUAUAAAAUUUUUGAAUAAUGUUUAUAUAUCUAACGGGAUAAUUUGAAUAUUCCCGUCGUUGCAAAAAGUUAACCUAACUUUCAUUCGUGAUUACGUAAAAGGCACGGAUGUGAAGAAAUUAUUUUCUGUGCGCUAAGAUUUUUCCUGAGUGAACGUAAACGGAAAUAAUAAUUACAGAAAUCAGAGUGUCGUUUAUUUUAUCAGAACAUCAUGUUAGAUUGGGAAAAUGCGUCAUGGAUAAAAGGAGCCGCACCCCUCUUUAAGGGACCUCCUACAGAUAUCUUUCUUAAUCUACGUAACUUGCAGGCCAUGGAAAGAUGUGCAAAAUACGAAUUACAUUUUAUGGACUGCAUGGAGGCAUAUGGUUAUCACAAAGGUCGAGAAAAAUGCAGAUUGAUAUAUGAGGACAUGUGCGAAUGUAUAUUUAAAGUAAAGAGAAGGCGGCGCAUCCAAGCAAUGAAUGCAGAGCGAGAGCGUCAGUUUUGGAGCGGUGAGAGGAAGAAUCGUUACGAAGAGACUCCACCACUUGAUCUAUAUUGAAUCAUUUAUCCUUCCUCGCCAGAAUAAACCAUAGUUUACAUAUAAAAUUAUCACAUGUAAAAGAAUUUGAUAGACGACAAAAGUAUUUUAUAAGUAAUGAUCUGACAGGAAAUUUGCCACAUCGGUUCGUUACUUAAAAAUAUCUCUAGAAAUGUCUUGUCAAUAAAAUACAUUCGAAGACAUAA